UGGCGCGUCUGUUGGCCCCUCUCCGCGGCGGCGGCGAAGGCCAGUGUCGUGAACGCGCAUUGCCUCUACGUCAUUGAAGCGCCUGGCAAAGUGAAGCUGGUGGUGCUGGCAAGAGGGGGAAAAUAAGAAACGGGAAUGAACAGAGCGCUUCUACUUAUCAGAUAUAAUUGGAAUUAUUAACGGUUCCCUUGCAAUGCUGGGCGACUAGCAACGUUAUAACCGGAACUGGAUGAGACUCCAGCUGGACGUGGAUACGCUUUGAGAUUUUCAGAUCAUGGAUUACUUAUGAACUGGUCUUCAACGUUCAGCUGCAUCUGUCCUGUUCAAUACACACACACUCAUUUAAAAAUCAACUUCAUCAGAUUUUUUUUUUACGAUUAAAUUCACAACACAGUAUUUGUUCUUUCUGUACAGUAAAACCACCACUUUGGCAAACUUUUUACCUUGUUUUGACACCAAACCAAAACAACCAAUGUCAUUUUAUAAGACCAAAAAAAGAUUGUUACAGUGUAUCAGUUGACUUGUAUAAAAUAUGAAACAUUACAAUAUAACGGUGAUUGAAUUAAAAUAAAAAAAAAUAAAAACACACUGAUAAUUAAAAAAAAAAAAAAAUUGGAUUUCUUUGGAAAAAACAAAACACAAACUAAACUAAAAAUAAAUCUGCUCUACUUUAACAAGCAUGUACGGCAGCGGCCGGUCAGUGGGUAGGAUGGACGGGGGCGGGAACAAUCAGAGCCCUGGCCGCUCCCCAAGGCUGCCGCGGUCUCCGCGAUUGGGCCACCGACGUACCAAUAGCACGGGCGGGAGCUCGGGGAGUGGUGUGGGCGGAGGAAGUGGGAAGACGCUGUCCAUGGAGAACAUCCAAUCGUUGAACGCCGCAUACGCCACCUCAGGCCCCAUGUACCUGAGCGACCACGAGAGCGUGGGGUCCGACCAGCCCAAGAGCACCAUGACGCUGGGCCGCUCCGAGGGCCGGCUGCCUUACGGGGUGCGCAUGACUGCCAUGGGGAGCAGCCCCAAUAUCACGGUCACCAGCGGCCCGGGAGGACCUGCACACAGCGGGGUAGCCAGCGACACCAUCGCCUUCGGCGACCAUCACCUGCCGGCCGUCAGCAUGGCUUCCACGGUGCCCCACUCCCUGCGCCAGGCCCGGGACAACACCAUCAUGGACCUGCAGACCCAGCUGAAGGAGGUGCUGCGGGAGAACGAGCUGCUGCGCAAGGACGUGGAGGUGAAGGAGAGCAAGCUCAGCUCCUCCAUGAACAGCAUCAAGACCUUCUGGAGCCCCGAGCUGAAGAAGGAGCGUGCCCUGCGCAAGGACGAGGUCUCCAAGAUCACCAUCUGGAAGGAGCAGUUCAGGGUCAUGCAGGAGGAAGGCCAGCACCUGCAGAUGACGAUCCAGGCCCUGCAGGAUGAGCUGCGGAUCCAGAGAGACCUGAACCAGCUCUUCCAGCAGGACAGCUGCAGCCGCCCCAGCCAGCCCCUGGCCUCGGAGCUGACCGAGGAGAACUUCCAGCGGCUGUACUCCGAUUAUGAGCGGCAGGCCAAGGAGCUCUUCCUGCUGCGCAAGACCCUGGAGGAGAUGGAGCUGCGCAUCGACACCCAGAAGCAGACGCUGGGCGCCCGUGACGAGUCCAUCAAGAAGCUGCUGGAGAUGCUGCAGAGCAAGGGGAUGUCGGCCAAGGCGAGCGAGGAGGACCACGAGCGCACACGCCGCCUGGCCGAGGCAGAGAUGCACGUCCACCAUCUGGACAGCCUGCUGGACCAGAAGGAGAAGGAGAACAGUGCCCUUCGCGAGGAGAUCCAUCGGCGGUAUGAAGGGGCCCCCGAGUCUGCCAAGACCAAGGCUCUGCAGACCGUCAUCGAAAUGAAGGACACUAAGAUCAGCUCCCUGGAGCGUGAGCUUCUGAAUCUGGAAGAGGAGGUGCACAUGCUCAAGUCAAACGGAGCCGUCAGCACUGAGGAGCGGGAGGAAGAAAUGAAGCAAAUGGAGGUCUAUCGCAGCCAUUCCAAGUUCAUGAAGAAUAAGGUAGAGCAGCUGAAGGAGGAGCUACACCAGAAUGAGGUCCAGAGGGAGGAGCUGAGAAAGCAGGCGGCUGGCCACCAGCUCGAGAUUGACCAGGUGAAGCAGGAUCUGUCUCGGAGGGACACGGAGCUGCUGGCCAUGCAGACCAAACUGGAGACCUUGACCAACCAGUUCUCAGACAGCAAGCAGCACAUUGAGGUCCUGAAGGAGUCCCUGACUGCCAAGGAGCAGAGAUCAGCCAUUCUCCAGACAGAGGUGGACGCCUUGCGCCUGCGUCUUGAGGAGAAGGAGACGAUGCUGAACAAGAAGAGCAAGCAGAUCCAGGAGAUGAACGAGGAGAAGGGCACGCUUAACGGUGAGAUCCACGACCUGAAGGACAUGCUGGAUGUGAAGGAGCGCAAGGUCAACGUCCUGCAGAAGAAGAUCGAGAACUUGCAGGAGCAGCUCCGGGACAAGGAGAAGCAGAUGGCCAGCCUGAAGGAGCGGGUGAAGUCUCUGCAGACCGACACCUCCAACACGGACACCGCUCUGACCACGCUGGAGGAGGCUCUGGCUGAGAAGGAACGCAUCAUCGAGAGGCUGAAGGAGCACAGGGAUCGGGACGAGCGUGAGAAGACAGAGGAGAUCGACAGCAACAAGAAGGAGCUCAAAGAACUGAAGGAGAAGGUCAGCCAGCUGCAAGGAGACCUCUCCGACAAAGAGACUUCUCUUCUGGACUUGAAGGAGCGCGCCUCGUCCCUGGCUUCUUCUGGCCUCAAGAAGGACUCCAAGUUGAAGAGUCUGGAGAUAGCGCUGGAUCAGAAGAAAGAGGAAAUCCUCAAACUGGAAACACAACUUAAAAAGCACACUGAGCUCUUGUCAGGCCAUCCCUCCAAACUCGCCCUGGAAUCUGCGAUGGAGGCGCGGAUGAGCACAGAGCUGUCGGAUCGGAUCCAGGGCUUGGAGAGGGAGGUGGCACGGCACAGGGACGAGGCCAGCAAGGCACAGGCAGAGGUGGACCGCCUGCUGGAGAUCCUGCGGGAGAUGGAGAACGAGAAGAAUGACAAGGACAAGAAGAUCACUGAGCUGGAGAGCUUGGCUUCAAGGCAGAUGAAGGACCAGAGCAAGAAGGUGGCUAACCUGAAGCACAAGGAGCAGGUAGAGAAGAAGAAGAACGCUCAGCUGAUGGAAGAGGCUCGCAAGAGGGAGGACAACAUCAGCGAGAGCUCCCAACAGCUCCAGGACUCCCUGCGUCAGAAGGACGAUCGUAUUGAGGAGCUGGAGGAGGCUCUGAGGGAGAGCGUACAGAUCACUGCCGAGCGAGAGAUGGUGCUGGCCCAGGAGGAAUCGGGCCGCUCACACGCAGAGAAGCAGCAAUUAUAUGAACGAAUGCAUGACUCCAACCACGCUGGCUUUAAGUGGUUCAAGAUGGAGGAGCUGAUGGCCGCCAUGGAGAAGGUGAAGCAGGAGCUGGAGUCCAUGAAAGCCAAGCUGUCGUCCACUCAGCAGUCCCUGGCGGAGAAGGAAGCUCACCUCACCACCCUCCGCGCAGAGCGCAGGAAACACCUGGAGGAGGUGUUGGAGAUGAAGCAGGAGGCGCUGCUGGCAGCGAUCAGCGAGAAGGAUGCCAACAUCGCGCUGCUGGAGCUCUCCUCCUCCAAGAAGAAGAAGACUCAGGACGAGGUCACCUCACUCAAGAGGGAAAAGGACCGCCUGGUGCAGCAACUCAAGCAGCAGACACAGAACCGGAUGAAACUGAUGGCUGAUAACUACGAGGACGACCACCUGAAAAGCCAUUCUGACCAGACGAACCACAAGCCCUCCCCAGACCAGAUUAUCCCCCCUCUUUUAGACCUCAACCAGAACCGCAGCAAACUGAAGCUGUACAUCGGACACCUGACCGCACUUUGCCAAGACCGGGACCCCAAGAUUCUCCAAGGGAUAGCCCCACCCACUUCAUAUCACCACGACGACCGAGCAGCUUGGGAGGAGGAGCUGCAGAAGAUGAGCUUGGAGCAGCUGGAGGCCGAGCUGGAGAAAUGCGAGAAGGAGAGCGCGGAACUCCAGGAAUAUGCCAACACAGUCCUCCAACAGAUAGCCGAUCACUGCCCUGACAUCCUGGAACAAGUCGUCAACGCGCUGGAGGAGUCGUCGUGACGGGAAGGAAGGAAGAAAGGAAGGAAGGGGACUCGUCUGAUCCCUCGCUCUGCUCAGUCUGGUAUCUGUGUGUGUGGGGGGGGAUCAAGGGACAGGUCUGAUUGCUACCCCAGUCACUUAACACAGUAACAUCUGUUAUGUAAAACACCCUUUAUUUGGGACUGGAAAACCGCCUCUCCCCCUCCAUCCCCGGUGGUUUUGCAGGCUUCAAUUUAUCUGUCAAAUCAGUGUUUUGUGAUUUGCAGUGUUUAUAGAAAGAAAGAAAAAAAUAACAUACUGUAGUUUUACAAUUCCCCUUUAUUAAUACAAUGAUUUAUUCCCAUGUCACAGGAUAGAUACAAUGGUUUCUAUUGUUGAAGCAAAAUAAUAAAUAAAUGAACAUAAAGAAGAAGAAAAAAACAUAUAGCAACUGCAAGCGCCUUGUCUGGUCUUUGACGAUUGGGUGUGGAGGAAAGUAUUAUUUAAUGUAUUCAUGGAUUUGCCUGAUUACAAAACUGACUUAGUACUGUACAGCUAUGGCCAAAAGUUUGGCAUCACCAUUAGAAUUAACAAACUUUGCUUACUAAAGUCAAUUGAAACCUACUGAAUAAUGCUACGUUAACAUAUUCCAUUACAUACCGCUUUGUAGUUUUCCAUAUACUUAACGAAAACUGACAAAUUUAAACAUUCGGCAUUUUGAAAUCCUACUAUUAUGGCUUCCGGUCAACUUUUGCAAUAUCAUUUUGUAGUUUGUUUGAUUACAUGAUGUUAAAUGAAAGAUCUAAAUUAUGUUCAUAUAGUUUAAAUUAUGUCUCAAUCCUAAAAUUAGGUGAUGCAAAACUUUUGGCCAUAGCUGUCGUCCAUUCAUAUAAUUAAGUAGUAUUUCCAAAAAGGAAAACUUCUUGCCCUUCCCCAGGCUUUCUAGCUACAGAUCCAACCAAGUUCAUUCCUGAUAGUGCAAGCACAGCCAGUGCAGUGCGACCAGGUUUGCAGUCCGGCCUUGACGAUAUUGCAUCGUGCAAAGUUUUGUUAGUCCCUCUAACUGGGCAGAAACACGAGACAUCUGCGAAGAUGAUCUCUGGUCAGCAAUGGCUGUUUAUGGAGCAUCACCUGGAGUCUGAAAUCAUGCAAAAAAGGUGGACCACCCAUAAUACCAACUACACGUCCGCAACAUGGCUCCAGCUGCACAGGCAGGGCUAGCCUGGCCUAACAGCUGCAUUGGUAGGGCGAUGCAGGCGUGGAUGUCAACAGGACAUGUUUCCUCUCCUCCGUUAGCCAUUUUAAUUGCUUUUUUUUUUAAACAACCACCUUGUUUGCAAUAAUUUAGAGUGGUUUAUUACCUGGCUUUGAGGUUGUCUGCACAGCCCUACAGGGCGGAGGUUGAACUUUCACAUGGUUGGAAGGGAAUGAGGAAGACUGUUCAGUCCUGGCACUUGGGAUUCUCCAGGUAAUCUCAAAGCAGGUAAAGGCAGAUUUUGAGAAAGAAAACUCACUAUGGGAGCAGCAGAACCCAGAACCACUCAGAAUAAUUGCAAACACUUUAAAACAGAAAGGGGGAUGUAAAACAUCUAUUAAAAUGCCAUGUUGCUUUUUCUCUGCUCUGCAAUCAAAAAGUAGCAGGGCAAGACUUGAACUUUCCAGUCAUCAGAGUAUUAUUUCAAACUGAUGCGUAUGUAGAUAAGAUCAGGGCACCUCAGUUUGGCUAACAUGCGUAAAGAUGGUUUCAUUGUCAUGUUAAGUAUUUAACCGCACAGAACAGGGUGUGUGACUCCUAGCAUGGGGGGACACAAGACAGAGAAUACAUUGAAUUAAUGGAAACAAGUUCAGCAGAUCCAUGUUACUCACAGCUCAUCGUGCGAUUGUAAUUUAACUGUAAAACCUGCAUCAGUUAAAGAAACUCAUUUCCAGCAGACAAAUGUUUCAACAAGGCCACAGUAAAAGAUGACUUGAGGAAACGUUACCAAGCUACUCAAUUAUUUUCAGUCCAUAAAGCAGAAAAUUGGUUUAGUACAAGCAGAGGGGUUUACAUAAAGUGGAGGUAAGGAAACUUCACCCUGAAAGUUCACAUUUUUUGGGUCAAACUGUAUUUAUUUAUAUGGUUGAAUUUUUGAGUAACUGGUCAUUUCAGACUGGCAGCUGACCCAAAAUAAUGCUCAUAAAAAUGUGUGGUUGCAUAACGUCCCCUUUCUCUAAAUAUAGACUAGCGGAGGUUGUGGUGAUUGCUAGUACUGAUGAUUGAUAAAGGAAUUGAUUUUAUUAUUAAUAUUAUUAUUUACAUUAUUAUUUACAAACCCUUGACCUGAAAGCGAGCUUCUGAGGGAAUGUUUUUAGUUUUGCUCGCACUGAAUAGCUGUUGAGUAGCUAUUGAAAGGUGGAAGUAUGCUGAAUGACAGUUUCCCUGGCUGUAACAAACAGGAAAGUGGCACUAACGUAUGCUAUUUUUUAAUUAAAACCUUUAAAACUACAAUAUAUUUAUUAAGUAUACUACAGACUGUUAUAAAUAAGGAUGAAAGGGUGUGUUAUUAUAUGUUACUAGUCUUUUAGAGGUUAAAUCACCCAUCUUAUCAUAUUUAUAUCAGGAAUUUAAAAGUUGACACAACACUAUGUCCGUGAAGAUAAAGGCAUGGUUUUGCAUGUGUUUGUCAUAGAAUAAUACAGUAUGCAGUGUGGCAGUUUUGUCAGAAAUGCCACAUAUUUUCAAAGUUGUGCUGCUAACUUUCUAAACAUUGUUCUUUUUUAAUAAGUUUUUUGUAAAUGCCAGAUUUCUGACAAAAGGCACAGAAGAACACAACCCACUACACAACAGGUGCUUCGUGGUUUCUACUUUGUAUGAAUCUUCAGUUAGGGUUUUGUAAAUGAAAUAAAAUAAACUGACAUUUAUUUUAAGGAAACUUUAAUAACAUUAAAACACAGCACUUUCUAAAUAAUACACCUACAAGUCAGAACUGGAAUAGAUGAUAUUCCAGCUGACAACUUAAAAUAACAAACUUAAGUAGUGGACAGAGCUUGACUGCCUGUAUCAUUGCACAAUGGCGUUGGGCUCAUCUCUUUUAAUAAUAGGUAGAUGCUGUCAUUGUUGGUAUCUAACACUAGGCUUCUACAAUCUGACAGCAAGUCUCCAUGGCAGUAUCCAAUUGAACUGUGCAUGACCUCAGUUUUAUAAAACAAUAUUACACUGUAUACUUGGAAAUGUAUUAGGGUUAUAUCAUUAGGGCCAGUUAACCAUAGUCUGUGGGCUGAGAAUUUUUUUUUUUUUCUUUCUCUAUACUGUGUUUGUCCUCUUCCUGUGUUUGAAAGGAUUAAGCCCCUGGAGUUUUGUAAAAGGAAAGUGGGUCUAAGUAUUCUAUUCAGAAUAAACUUCAUUCCCUUAGCAUUUAAUUUUUUUGCCAUUAAAAGCGGAUGUGAGUCAAAGCUUCUCGUAACAGAAAUUGGGGUUGUGAAGUUAGCCCACCCAGAUCACAACCAGAACGUUCCUGCGCGCAGUUGCCCCAUUCCCCUGGUGAACCUACAGCAUGUCAUUCCAAUCUAAUAUACAAGGCUUACCUUGAACAAGUCUUAGGAGAACUCCAUAGCCUGCUGGGCUCUCUUGCUUUACAUUACGGUCUAUUUCAUGAGAGGUCCACAAUUUGACUUGAUGUUACAGUACCAUAUAAUUCAAUGGCGUCUGUUCACCAUAGUUUAGCCUUUACUGUACUGCAAAUGUAGGUUUAGCUAGUUUAGUUUUUGACUUAAUGAUUACGUUUUAUAACUUUUUAUAAGGAAUGCUUACUUCUUUAUAGAAAUAUUGUUUAACAUACCGAUAACAUUUUACAGGAAGCACCUCACCUAUAAUCAGAGGAAGAAGGAAUGAAUGAAAAUGGUAACCACAGAAAUGACUCUUCCACCUUGGGCAAUUGUGGCACAUUGUAAAAAACACUGUAUCACGUAAAUGAGACAGAGUGCACAUUUUUCCCAGUACACAUCAUCGGCAUCCAUAAACAAUCACCCCCCAUUCAGCAAUUACAGUGUAGAGGAACUAGACACACAGCCGUGCAGAGGUCAGCAGCUGUCUGAGCAGGGUGAUCGCACGCUGCUUUCCUCAGGGAGAGUUCCUGUCGAUAUUUAUGAAAUGCGCAGAACUCCCGCGCUAGGUAAUGACACGGCUGGUGACUCAGGUGCUAGUUAGGAGCUCAGUUGGCUGAUUCAUCAUCGGGGUGGUUGGAGUGGUGGUUGGCUGUGGUGUCUUCCUCAGGCAACGAUUACUGAAGCUGGUCUGUAAGGACUGCCCUCUCAUCUCCAGAGCUUCAGCGGUGAGGGUUCUGAAGUCAGAGGUUUUCUUGGUUACACAGUUAUCAUUUUACACAGGAAAACCACAUUAGUCAGAUCAAACGGAGAGGCUAGCCACAACAACGAAAAGGGCAAAACAAACAAAGCUAGCCGGAGGCAUAGACAGUACAAACCCCUUCAUGAACCGCUCCAUUGACACAACUGCAGGCAUGCCCACCAGCAUAUACAGAGACUUCUUACUGCUCAGCAAUGCGUUUGAUGAUUUGCUUUGUUUAUAGAGGUAAAACUACUGUAAGAAACUAUCAAGUAGACCAAUAUUUCAGCUGAUGCCUUUGAUUCCUAAAUGAGAAUAAGUUACUGUGCUGUAUUGUUUACCCUCCGGAACAAAUAGGAUAUUUUAUUUAUGUAACCUUUUUUUAGUUGUGGGAAAAAUUCCAUUAAUACUUUAUUGGUGGUAAUCAUUUUUUAUAAACAAGAUCGUAAACGGGCAACGGUAUACAGCAGUACUCUAUAAAACUUAUCUCCUGCUUGUACUUUUAAUGUUUUGAAGCCAAGAAAGACUGUGCUUGUGAGAAUAAUGACAAGGUUGUAUUUCUUAAAAUGAGUUUUGCCGAAUUCUUUGUGCUGUCAUUGUUAGUGAAGUGAAGGGCCGUGAAUGCAGUAACACUCUCCGGGGUGUUCAUACAGGGUUCAGUAUCCGCAGACCUAGGGGUGGUGUUCAACACAAGGCAAAGCCAAGGCCUGUUGCCAGCCUAGGCCUGUAGAUUGUGGACCAUACAGUAUUUGAACACCAUGGCCAUGGUAUUAGUGUGCUUAUAAAAUGGCAUCCUCACCCCUACCAAAGUGAACUGGCUGUCAAGUGAAUCAGUUCCUCUAUUCUUGUCAUGUCAGGUUUCAAGAGUAGAGACAGUAACUGUUCAUUAACCAGCAAGACCUUUCCUUACAGUCAUGUUCGUUCACAAAGACUCAUCAAUCUCUGCAUUGCCUCUCCCAGUGUGCUUGACAAUCCCCUCGACCAAGUAGUUUGAGGCAAAGCUUUCAUACAAAAGCACUGAAUUCAAUAUAUUCAUUUGUGAUGUUCUCGAGAUCGGGGGUGUUAUCUUAAACUACUGGCUAUUUUGGCUAAGAAAACAAACAAACAAACACAGAGCUCAAACUCGGGCAGCGUUUUUUCUUUUCCUUUUUCUUUUUUGCUAUAAUAUAUACAAUGCCUUUAAUCCUUUCCAAUGUGCUGAAGCAGAGCUCAGUGUCCUUAUAAAGCUGUGUUUUGUUUCCUUCCCAUGAACGUACCUGUCAUAAAAGUCGUUCUCAAACAUUCUCAGACUCCUUCAUGUUUUACAGCUCCGGGUUAGAGUCGCUUGCUGCCAGAGUGUGUUCUUCUGAAUCUGGGAAGGGGCCUGUGAAAUCAUUAACAUGUCACCCUAAAGACAGACCACUUGGUCAGUUGAUAAACAGAACUUAAUGCUUUGUUUGCGCAGUCACUGUUUCAUGAGCCAUGCCAACUGAAGACUGUUUAUACCAGUUUAUAAUGGAAGAAGUGCAGGUCCCUUUGUAUAUUAAACAAGAUUGGUGGAUAAUUUGCAUUGCGGAACAGAUUUUGUUUUCAAGUGCUGUUUUUAAAACUGUCUGACUGUUAAGAAUACGCUACUAUAAAAGCAAUAACCAUAAAAAUAACAGCUAUUUUAUUGAUUGCUUGACAAGCAAAUUGGUCCCUAUAGCUUGUUUUCUGGAGCCCUUGUGUACUGUAGAUAACUAUGGUUCUGUAAAUUGUACAAAAUUGGAGGGUCUAAAACUGAAGUGGUCUACUAAUGUUGACACCUAUUUAACCUUUUCUAUUGGGAUCUGGGUGUCCAGAUGAACACAUUUUCACUGUCCCCUUAACCUUUCUAUUGGGAUCUGGUUUGUUUGAAGAUGGCAACGGUUGCAUACGUCAUAGGUGAUUCGCACUACAAUAGGUUAUCUAUGAAGCAGCCUUCUCUUCGAAUUAGCUUACCAAGGUCUUUGCUUUCACUGAGAGAAUAACACAGUCACACUGGAGAAAGUUCAGGGUCAGUCACUACGAAGAUAGUUUUAUCCGGGUAGAUUUUGUAAAAGUGAUCGUUCUAAUAGGGCUAAUUUCCAUUAAAAAAAACGUUUCUUACUGCCUGGGUCGGUAAAAAAAGGGGGUUCAUUAUAAGAAGGGUUUGUUACAGUGAAGUUAGACUGUGUGUGUGUGUGUGUGUGUGUGUGUCUACACACACACACACACACACACACACACACAUAUAUAUAUAUAUAUAUAUAUAUAUAUAUAUAUAUAUAUAUAUAUUAGAUACAUAGAUAGAUAGAUAGAUUCAGUGUUAAGGUGUUUUAAUCCCCAGUUUGGGUGCUAUUAUGAGCUGCUAUUCAAGUUGCCUGGCAGAAGCAUAACGUAGCCCUUGCUAGAUCAGCCGAAGGGACUUUACAGAGGUAGUGAUGGAAUUAAAAGAAUCAUCUUAACAGUGAAUUACAAGGAGGCUGUGUGGUUCAGUGGUUAACGAAAAUGGCUUGUAACCAGAAUGUUCCCAGUUCAAAUCCCAGCUCAGCCACUGACUCAUUGUGUGACCCUGAGCAAAUCAUUUAACCUCCUUGUGCUCCGUGUUCCGGGUGAGACGUUGUUGUAAGUGACUCUGCAGCUGAUGCAUAGUUCACACACCUUAGUCUCAGUUAGUCGCCUUGGAGAAAGGCGUCUGCUAAAUAAACAAAUAAUAAUAAUUAAAAUGGGGCUUUUCUUCAGCUCAAGUGGCACUCUCUGCUGCCCUUACACAGUUUCUAUUUCAUGUCAAACAAGCCUUUCUCGGUGUGAAAUGGGCAUGCAUCACUUCAGUUCUGGACCCUAUGGUUUUGAUUAUUGGUUGCUCCCUGACCACAAGUCACCUAUUAAAGGGAGUUGCUGGACAGAGACUGUUACUGUUCUAAAGCCAGCGAGGCUUAGCUGAAAAAAUGGUAUUCACACUUGGAGAGGCACAGACGUACUGGAGCAAUAGAGAUGCAGGGAGAGAAACCUGAAGUCUAGUACAGACGUAAUGCCAGCAAAGCCUUCGAUUCAGGAAUCGGAACGAGGAGGACUGGAAUAUACUUUGUAAAGAGCAAAAAGUUAGGUCGUUUGGAGGGUGCAUUCAAAAAGAAACAAUGAGGCAUUAAAACAUUAGAGAAGAGUGGCUAUGCAAGAGUAUAAUUUCAAGUGAAGUGAAGACACGAGGGAAAGAUAUAUUGUGAUUGCUGCUAAAUAGUUUGGAUUUCACUGACGUACAAGAUAAAACUGUAAUACAAAAAAUAAAACUACACAACCGCUACAAUGGCACACAAGCCACCGUUGACUCGGUUACAAUCUUUACCUACUGUGCUUUUACUUCUUUCAUAAACUAUGGUUAGUGUUAUGAAAGAAUAAUAAAUUGUCCUUUUAUUGCCAAUGCAUACUAAUUAUAAUAAUUUGUUGAUUUCUUAACGGUUAGCGAAAAAGGUAUUCAAUGCUAAAACUCUCAACACUAACAAAAAUCCAAAAUAACCCUGUUUCAAAAUGUCGUUAGUCACAUAUGUUGGGAUACUAAAACAGCAAUGUUAUAGAUCUGUAAGACCCAAGGCCAUUAGUAAAGAUGUUGAAACUCCCGUUUUGGGUGUUGUGAUGUACAUUCUUUUUAGAAGACGUUCUUUUUGUUUUGAUUUUUAAAGUCUGCGUAACUUAAGUGAUUGUUUUGAUUAUACUUACAGGGAGAAAGCAUGGCUAGUUAAAGCCGUAAUACAGAAAAUACUGAUGCUCAAUAUUUUACAGCUAUGACACUGAAGAUUGUUUUAAAUGGUAAAUAGAUUUCUGAGCUGAAGCAUUGAGAACCUGGUGUGUUUUUUAUUUUAUUUUUAUAAUAAACUCCUUACUCAUUACUGUUUUAUUGUUUUGGAAGUAAUAUAGCAGUAUAGGAAUUUGUUUAUUUUAAAAAGACACAAUGUUCUGUGAUGUUUUAAAAUAGGAGAGGGUGCACUUGGUUUAGCAGCUUCCUUCUGCCUUGCAGAGAUUAGUUUGUUUUCAACUUUUAAGGAUUCAGCAGAGGGCAUAGAUUCUGGAUGUAUAUAUAUAUAUAUAUAUAUAUAUAU